AUGGCCCCACAUGGUUCAGUAAAAACGUUAGCUCUCUUCCUUGCAGUGAUCAGUAUCAUCUUCGCCAGCAAAACCGAAGCCCACAGCUUGCCCCGUCACUGCCAUCAUCCACCGCCACGGGUGUGUCCACCGUGUCCACUACCACUGCCGCCUCCUCCAUGUCCAGAAAUUCCGCCUCCACCGUGUCCAGUACCAGCGAUUAUUCCGCCUCCACCAUGUCCAGAACCAACGCCUCCUCCACCCUGUCCACGACUCCCACCGCCUCCACCGUGUCCUCAGCCACCACCUCAGCCACCAACAUCACAACCACCACCACCUCCAAACACACCACCGCCUACUCCAUACUCCCAACCAUCACAGCCUCCAUUAAAGACUCCACCACCACCUCCUCCAACUACACCACCACCGCCUCCACCAAAGACUCCCCCACCACCUCCUCCAACUACACCACCACCGCCUCCACCAAAGACUCCCCCACCAGAGACUCCACCACCACCUCCUCCAACUACACCACCAACGCCUCCACCAAAGACUCCCCCACCAGAGACUCCACCACCACCUCCUCCAACUACACCACCACCGCCUCCACCAAAGACUCCCCCACCACCUCCUCCAAACUCCCAACCAACAGUGCCCCCUUCCCAAACUCCACCACCACCUCCACCUAAUGUCCCACCACCACCUCCUUCUAACCCCCAACCACCAAUGCCUCCACCGCAGACUACCCCACCACCCCCUCCACCAAAUGUCCAACCACCACCUCCCCCGCCUAGCACAUGUCCGAGGAAUGCUGGCCAAAUAAGGGCAUGUUCCAAUGUCCUAAGACGUUCCGGAAAUUUCCUAGACUUUGAAAAUGCGCAGCCAUGUUGUUCGCUCAUCCGUGAUCUUUCUGAUGCCGAGGCAGCUGCUUGCAUAUGCAAUUUGGUGAAUGCACGACCCCACACUCUUUCUCCCGAUAUCACCAUCCUCUGUAGGACUUGUGGCCGCAACAUUCCCCGAGGUUUCGCCUGCCCAUGA